AUGGCUGCCGCGACGAGCGAGUGCGAGUCGCCGGCUCUCGACAUCCACAUGGCAACCGGCUUGAUCGCGGUUGCGUUCAAGGUCAAGGGUACCAGCUCGCUGGUCCUCAUGCUGCUGCUAGUCGUUGCUAAGACCUUCACGGGCAAGAUCACCUCGUGGAAUGACCUGGCCAUCACGACGCCCAAAUCUAGCGCGAGCCUGCUGUUGGAGAAGAUCACAAUAUUUUUCCGUUCGAACUUCUUGGGUACUACGCACAACUUUGAGAAGUACCUGAACAUGACCAACGCAGCCGACUAUCCAACUACGCUAAGCAAGACGUGGACAGGCUCCUAUGCGGAUAGCGGAAGCUUGUCGAUGGAGCAGAUUAACAACGGCGGCAAGCCCACCAUUGCAAGCCAGGGCGGCGACGACCUAACGCUAAAGAUUCAGUACAUACCUACAACCCUAGGUGCCUACCCAAUCAUCCUGUUCACCUACGAGACUGUCUGCUCGAAGUAUAGCAAUGCGACGAUCGGUGCAAACGUGAAGGCAUUCCUCACGUAUACGUCCCCGGCUGCCAGCCAGAACCUGCUCCCCACGCAACCCCCGCUGCGCGCUGCCCCGCUGGGCGAUCGGUCACCGAUCGAUGCUCCGGCAGGCUCUGCGCUCAGACAUCUGAGCCGAUGUGUGCGGUCCAUCAGAGAGCAGGACGCCAUAACAGACGGAGGGACUGUGGAACACCAGCCGAAACCCGAGCAGCACCCGUAUCUGAACUCUGGCCUGGUGGAGGAUCUGUAUGCCAGUCCCCCGCCGGCGGAUGUCCUCAAUCUACCGGCGUCGUCGGACGGCCCGAUCAUCGUCAGCUUAUCGGACCUGCUCGCGGCUAUCCCAGACAUCGCGAAGGACAAGUCGAACUUCUUCGUCUUCGGCUACGCGUGGACAAGCAAUCCGAACUACUAUCACUUUGGGAUUAUGGGGCUGCUUGAGGCGACUGUAAUCACCGUGGCCAUCAGAAUGAUCAUUACCGUGCGAUCGCCAUCGGCAUCGCCCUGCUUAGGCGCCUGGUUAUCCCAAUCGCCUGCGUUGUCGACCUACUCGCGGCGAUCCCGUCGAUCAUCUAAUUACGGCAUCUGUGGCUUCAUGAUCCUGUCGCCAAAGCUCCAACCCGUCCAGCGGUUCUUCUACCACUUUGGCGCGAUCCUAAUCAAGGACAAAGGCUUUAUCAAGGGAUCGAUCUUCGACGGUGACAUGACGCCAUGGUACAACAUCGAGGCAGCGCGGGCGCUGGGUGUAACCUGUUGGGAGUUCAUCCGGCUUGCGGUACUGCCCUACGGGCGCCCCGGUGUGGUCAGCGGCGAGAUGCUCGGCCUUGGGGGUGUUAGUGAGACGUUUGCGUCCAAGAUCGCCAACGGCGCCGCGGAGUCUGGCAUUGACCUGGGACUGUACAUCGCAGCCGGCCUGGUGCUCUUUGGGCUCACCUUUGCUGUCAAUGCGCAAGCAGUCGUCAACCGACGCAAGGAGUUCAGCGAAUAA